UUAGACAUUGAUCCGCUUGCGUCUGUUUCUGGCUUCCUUGUGCUGCUGCUAUCAGGAGGUGUUGUUCUUCUGCUCGGAUGUAUCUGCAUAUCAUUUUGCAUCUGUUGCCGAUGUCUCAAAACUAUUCAUCCACAAUACAAAGGAGAAUCCAUAGAAUGCGGUGGAGGAGCUUCACCACCCGAACCUCCACAGUUCUAUCCGCCGUCUCCACCAAAAAUCCCGUUACCAGCAACCUCGACUGCUUUCACACCGAGGAAAAUUCCGCAAGGAGACAACUCGAGCUCAGUUCAGGACGGGUUUCGUUCUAGUCGAACAGCAAAUGAGUACGGUAGCCCAAUGGACAUAAAUCAGCAUGACUACACAUACGUCAGAAAUGAUGUGCAUCGCAAUUUAUUAUGA